AUGGCAUACCAGGAAUGCCGGGAAUUCCUGGCGCUCCAGGGCCGCAAGGACAACAAGGAAAAGAUGGAGCCAAGGGGCGAGCCUGGUGUCAAGGGACCGAGAGGUAUGACGGGAACAAGAGGACAAAAAGGAAAUCCAGGGUCACUUGGUAAAAAUGGUGCACCUGGAAUGAUGGGAAUAAAAGGAGAUAAAGGUCAUGAAGGGUCACGUGGCAGCAGUGGGCCGCCAGGAAUCUAGGGUGUGAAAGGAGAUCAGGGAUCUAAAGGAGAGAAAGGAGAAAUCGUGAAUAGUGCAGUGUCACAGACCAACUGGAAACAGUGUGUGUGGAAAAAUCUCGAUGAUAAUAGAGAUAGUGGAAAGAUUAAGGUACAGAAAUAUCUAAAAAAUGUAAUGAAAAAUAAAUUAAGUGUUAGAGCCAAUUUUUCAUGGCCAUCUCUGAAAGAGACUUUUGAGAAAUGCAGCCAAACUAAAAACAUCAAUUAACAAUUCUAUUCAUUCUUGAAGGCAGGAAAAGUACAAGGGCAUUAUUAAAUUGUUUCCUAUAACACUCUUUAAUGCAUUUUGUUGCACUAAGACUGUCUUAUUGACACUUUUUUUAAGGAUUGCUUAUUCAACAAGCUGCAGUCUGAUACAGCUAUUAAAGUCUCAUUCCAGGGAAAUAUGAGAGUCACUGGUACUUCAAGGAAAUGCAACCGGUGGUUCUUCAAGUUUAAUGGAAAUGAAUGCAGUAGACCAAUGACAAUUGAGGCUGCUGUGUACAACGAUUGGCCAUCUAGGAGUCCUAAUCUGCUUCAUCACAGAUCAUUUGAGGGAUACUGUGAAAACAUUCCACAGGGCAGGGUUACUGUGGAGUUAUGGGUAGGACAGUGUCACGGUAGUUAUACACUGGGUGAUGCUCACACUGGAUGGAACUCAGCAUCCCGGAUAAUGAUAGAGGAAGUCUCUAGAGCCCAGUCCUGAUUACUCUCGUCGUUUUCAUACAAGGAAUGGUGAACAAUAUUAUACUAUUUCAUCAUCCUAGCUUUCAAGAUUAUCCCCCACUAUUGAUAUCCUAUAGUGCGUAAUGUUUUACUUUUUAUCACAGCCAUCUUUUUCUUCUCUAAAACAUUUCCCCUACUUUUUGUGUGAUUGUGAUACAAGAUAAUUAGGUUUCAUCAUCUGAGUUGAUAAGGUUACUGAUUUCUUUUCAAUCGCGCGGGAAGGAGAAACUGUUCGUGAUAUAAAAUUCACAAAUAUUUGCUAAAGUAGAGGUGGCUGGUGGAAGAUAUUUCCCGAGCUGCGAAGCGGUGAAGAAAAUAUCUACCCCUGCCACCCACACUAAGUUGAAUGGCUGUUUUAGUAAAUUAGUAUAUACCAAAGCAGAGAGUUAAUAUAGCACAAAAAAGUCACUCAUUUAUUCUUGCAAUGACUGAAAUAAAUUUCAGGAGCAAAUCCGGCGCGCGUUACUUAGAGGUGAAUAACAAAGGAAAUUCGGAAUUUAAGUAGCCAAUCAGAGUGGGAUUUCAACACUAUCCACUAUCUUGAUACAUACUAACAACAAUUUUUUAUUAUUAUUAUCAUUGUAAUUAUCGGUACUAUUAUUACCAUUAAUUUUAAUAUCGAAGAAGUUUUUCAAAUAAGCGUCAAGAAGUGGGCGCCUAUCACUAGCUUCAAUUUGUUCGUGCUCAAAUAUUCUGCAGGUAAAACUGAAUAUUUCAUCCACUAUUCAUUGACUGGCCGACCUAGUCAAGUGACAGAUAAUUAGCGGUUCCGUUUAUUAAUUAGAACCUACCUCAAAGCGUUCGUCACAGUGUGCUAUCAACUUCUUGGAAGCUAGUUUUUGAAACAUAGACGGAGAGUCACUAUGCUCAUUUAAGAAAAAAGCGUUUACCAUGGAAUACAUGUACCUUCAAGCUUCAUCAGCCGAAUCUGUAAUUAUCAUUUCUCUGCUAAAUUCAUUAUUUUUGUGGCACUGAGUAAUACUUUAUAUAUUUCACGGUAAGGAAAUUUCUCUAAGUUCCAAAGAAGAUUUAGGCCACAGUAAAUACGUUUCCCCUCUAAAGAACAUUGGUUAGGGUCAGAUAACUUAUAUCGGCAUAAUGUUGGGCAUAAUGUUAUAGUAACUGACUUCAUAAAAAUCCCUUGAUGUUACAGUUUACCAAGAAAUUAAUUCCAUCCUGAGUGCUGUCAACAGGAAGCCUACUUUUCUUGCUUGCGCUUGAGGAAUUUGUUCAUUAAAAUGUUUAUUUUCUGAACUUCGGUAAGCAUUUUAUUGUUAGCAAGUGUUACCUGUUGGUGGUAGGAAUACGGCAGGGGGACGGGAGGUUGGGGGGGUUCUUAAAAGCUGUUAUUUUGAAUUAUCGAAUUGAACAGAAAGAAAAAUUUAAGCAUAAUUUUCGGCACGAUGCCAUGGGUGACGGUCAGAACGAUAAUGAUCAAGUUUUCGCGCAUAAUUUAUGUGAAACUUACUCUCGCUAAAAAAGAACAAAAACACAUUUCAUCACACUUACUGGCAAAUAUGCACAUGUGAUAAUGCAAUAAUAGAAAGAAAAAAAUAAAUAUAUGCAUGAUGUUUUUUCUGUUGUUGUUUUUUAUUUUACUGAUGAUGAAAUUGACCCUUUUGAGAAACCAAUUUAAAAGAAAAACAACCAAAAAAAAAGCACAAAAGCACUCCGCCUUCGGUCUCUUGCUUUUACCAGUUUCCUCGUGUUUAGAAACCCUGAUAAAACACUCCCUCGUUUAUUAAUUAUCACAUCGCAAACGAAAACGGACCAACAAGAACCAAACGCCGCUCUAAAUUUAAACCACACAACUCAAGUCUGCAAUUUGCUUCAUUAAAAUGCAUCAACAGAUUUUGAACAUGAAAAUCUACCACGCCGCCUUAUGGUAAGCACGGAUCAAACAAACGCUAUUUAAAACAUUUUGAGCAAUUUUGGAAUCGAUCGAGAAUGUACAUGAAUAUCAUAAUCGACCAGAGGACAAAUGAACAUCAUAUCAGAGACCAUAUUAAACCUACUCUCCUUCUCAAUAUGGCAAGUUUGAUCACAAUACGAACAUUUCGAGGCCCCGAUUUUUCUGACUAAUUUCUCUAAAAUUACCUUUUUUAUAUACGUAAUAACAUGAUUUCGAGUUUAGUUUUGUUGAAAUAAUUUGCAAUUUGUAGUCUUUGAAAAAUUUACCAGAAUUUAUUGACACCAAAUUGCAAGAAAAAUCAUGUUAUUACUUUUUAAUAAUGUACAUGGAAAAAAAAACGCAGAAAGUCAGGACCGACGAAAUUUUGAAAGCGUGCGCGCGCUACUUGUAAUUUGCACUCGUGUUACAACUUUGCAAUCGUGUUACAACUUCGCAGGCGUGUUACAUGAGAAUGCAAUCGUUUCCAGCUAAUCAGUGCGUAAUUUUUUCUUGCGCAUUAUUGAUUCGAUUAAACGCCGCGGCGUCUCAAAUUCUGUACCAUUAAAACACAUCAACAGAGUUUGGAGAUGCAAAUCUAUCGCACCGCCCCAAAAUCAGUGAUCAAAACAAACGGUGUUCAAAAAGUUUUUUUCUGUUUAAGAAUUGAUUCAAAAUACAUGAAUACCGUAAUCGACCAAAGGAGCAAAGAAUGUUGGGAAGUUAGGGAAAAACUAGUUUAGGCAAACUCGCUGAGCUUAUUGGCAAUAAGAUUCUUGGAUCACAAGAUGUAUCGUCUUUGAUGUAUCAUACCUUGCUGCUGCAUCGUCUACGGUAUUUUCCCUCUUAUUAACUUCAACUGUAACUGUCACUCAAUCUUCAACUACUUUCGACUACAACUCUACCUACAACUUAUUACUAUUAACCAAAAGCUACGUGCCUAUAUUCUAAUUUAGUUAUUAUCUUAUAACCUUAGGAGUCAUUAUUAAGAAGAUAUUUCAAAGAGAACACAAAAUAUUCGCGCAAAGUAACCAUCGGAGUAUGGCGAAGCUUCUGAUCCUCGCUGCUUUCUUUAUUUUUCUUGUCCAAAACAGGAGCCAGUUCAGUGGGAACAACUACGAGUCCUCAACAACAGAAUCCACAAACUGGCGCUGACAAAGACCCAUGUGAGGUACGCUUGGCGAUUAAAGCUCGAUUAAUUAUUUUAAAAAAAUCGCGGUUUUCCUAUGUUUACAUCACGAAUCUUUCAAUUGUGAAAUCUUUACCACACAUGUCUGCCAAGCUAAAUGUUAUUAAAAGACAAAAUUGGCAUCUGACAAGAAUUUUCUGUAUAUGUGUAUUAGACUUAUUUAAGUGUUGGAAAAUGAAUGGAAAUAAUAUAUCGUCAUAAGCCAUUCAGUCAAAAAAGACACCAUGAAUCUUGGAUCCCAAAAUCUUAUUUUAUGCAACAUGUCUUGCUGCCACAACCCUAACCCGAACUAACUCUCACUAACUACUGUCACCAAACAGAUAUGCAAAGAUAUUCUCACUUAAUUGUGUUUUCUUAACCUUGACACCACACGUGCGCUUUAGGCGAGUUAGCGGCACAUAAGAGUGUGAAAAAUAAUUUGAAACAUUGAAGGCUUGCAUUCUAGAGAUAAAUUCCGUUAUCUGAAAAAAAAAAAAAACAGAUGUGACGCUCACGCUAAUGGCCUUGUAGUAAAAUGAAACACUUAAAAUAGUAGUAAUUAUAGAAACAUCACUUUCGAGAACAAACCAAAAAGAAACACAAAAAUGUCGUUCUCAAUUUUAACUUCACAGCACAAGUCUGCAACUUGUACCAUUAAUACACAAAAGCAGAUUUUGGAGAUGAAAAUAUAUCUCACUGCCUCAAUAUAAGUAUGAAUACCGUAAUCGACCAUAGAACAAACAAACAUGAUAUCAGGCACUUCAGAGUCCGCAGAAACGCUUUCCUUGAGGGCUUGACGGCUUUUAUCCUGCCGCAGUUUGAUAAUUACAACACUGUUAUCUUUGAUAUUGAAUAGUACAUUGUCACAGACCAACUGGAGACUGUAACAGUCAAAGAGUUCAGAUGCCGAUUUUGUAAAAUUUGGCAUUGCGGAAGAAGCUUUCUUUAUUAGGUGUUUCACUGUGACAGAUGUUUCCCAAAGCACAGUUUAUUUUUACUAAACCUGAGAUCAAGCUCGGUCAGCUCCUUGUCGAUGGACGUAUAGUAAGUCUUUAUACGGUGGUGCGAUUACGAUGUCAGCUGCGUUUGUCUUGCACGUAAUCACCUGGCUUCUCGUAAUUCAAACUAAGAACUGGUUAACCAUCUCUUAAUUUUCAGACCCAUUGCUGACACUAUCUGCCAUACGCUGUUGAAACUUUAAUCACUACGACACUAGCCUACGGUCUGUUUGGUCAUGUUGGCAUUUCUUCAACUGCAGAUGACAUCGACCGUCUUUCCCAGAAGAUAUCGGCACAGACUAUAUGUGUUGCUCAGAAUUACUUUAAGCACUCACAGUCCGAAGAUGAAUUUGACUGGCUUCACCACGCCUACUUAAAACGAAAAAUAAAAAAAAUGUCUCUCAAAGAAAAAGAAAGACGAAACGAAACAUGGAAACUUUGGUAAAAAUUGGCUUUGCCAAAAUUUCUCUUGCUGCCCCAAAAAUCUGAGUUGCCAAAAAUUUGGGAAGGGGGAGGGCGGGUUGGCAGCCCCCAGCUCCCCCCGGCCCGUACGCUUAUGGGUGCUCUAUCACCUGUUUCUUCAAUCAAACACAUUAAAGUUUCAGAUAAAUUUCACAUUAGUCAGACGUCUGGUCAAAGCGUGAAUGCUACAUUGUCACAGACCAACUGGAGACUAUGUGUGGAAAAAUCUGCAUGAUAAUAGAGAUCGUGGAAAGAUUAAGGUACUGAAAUAUCUAGAAAAUGCAGUGAAAAGUAAAGAACCAAUUUGUCAUGGCCAUCUCUGAAAAAGAGUUUUGAGAAAUGUCGCCGAACUAAAAAUAUCGAGUAACAUUCUGUGCAUUCUUGCAAGCAGGAAAAGUACGACGUCAUCAUCAAAUUAUUUCCUAUAACACUCUUAUAAAACAUAUUUUUUUCCACUAAGACUGUCUUCUCGGCAUUUUUUAUAGGAUUGCUCAUUUAACAAGCUGCAAUCUGAUAAAGCUAUUUAAAUUUCAAAAUUUUUAUUCCAGCGAGAUAGCGGCACGUGAACUAUGUGAAAAAUAAUCUGAAGCAUUGAAGGCUUACAUUCUAGAGAUAAAUUGUUAUCCGAUAACAGUAACAGAUGUGACCCUUACGCUGAUAAAAAAGAAAACUUUUAAGUCUUGUAGAAAAGUAAAACACCUAGUGUUAAUUAGUUGAAACAUCACUUUCGAGAACAUUUCAACAGGACAAACAAAAAUAUCGUUGUUAAUUUUAACUUCACAACACGAGCCUACAAUUUGUUCCAUUAAUACACAAAAACAGAUUUUAGAGAUGAAAAUAUAUCUCACCGCCUCAAUAUAAGCAUGGAUACUGUAAUCAGGAAAAGAUGGAGCUAAGGGGGAGCCUGGUGUCAAGGGACCGUAGUGACCGGGCUGCACCUGGAAUGAUAGGAUUAAAAGGAGAUAAAUGUUAUGUAGGUUGUUCACGUGGCAGAUGCUUUUGAAACUCUUUACGCUGGCCAAUUUACGUUAUCAGUUCAGCUGAUAAAACCAAAUAAUCCUGUAAUACCCCUCACCGACGCAGUACCACAGUUACAAAAUUACCCUCUUUGAAUAUCUAAGGGCUUGGCCACCUUUUACUGUUAAAUUUUCUGAUAACAAAAUUGUUAUCUGUGAUAUUUGAAAAAAGGGUCAAGCUAACGAAUGCUAUCACCUAUGUCCUAAAUCAAACACGUUAGUACGCCAGUUUAAUUAGAUGCUCAGUUAGAAAAGCAUUUGAACAUACAGGGGAAAUAGCUUGAGCAAACUGGGUGGAAGGCACCAUGAAUCUUGGAUUUCAAAAUCUUCUUAUCUCAUGUAACAUGUCUUGCUGUUACAACUCUAAGCCUAACUAACUCUCACUCUCACUCAAAAAGAUAUGCAAAGAUAUUCUCCCUUGGUUGUGUUUUCUUAACCUUGGAAGUUGACACCACACCUGUGCACCAUGUGAGAUAGCAGCACAUACUCUCUGUGUAAUAAUCUGAAGCAUUCAAGGCGGCUUACAUUCUAGAGAUAAACUCCGUUAUCCGAAAAAUCAGAUGUGACCCUUAGGCUGAUAAGAAACCUUUAAGUCUUAUAGAAAAAUAAAACACCCAAAAUAAUGGUAAUUAUAGAAACAUCACCUCCGAGAAGAUACCAAAAAGAAACACAAAAAUAUCGUUCUUAAUUUUAACUUCACAACACAAGUCUGCAGUUUGUAGCAUUGAUACACAAAAACAGAUUUUGGAGAUGAAAAUAUAUCUCACCGCCUCAAUAUAAGUAUGAAUACCGUAAUCGACCAUAGAACAAAUAAAGAUGAUAUCAGGCGCCUCAGAGUCCGCAGAAACACUCUCCUGAACAUCUGCCCUCUUGACCGCUAUUAUCCUGCCGCAGUUUGUUAAUUACAACACUGUUAUCUGUGAUAUUUAAAAGCGUGAAGGGUACACUGCCACAGAUCAACGGUAAAGAGUGUGUGUGGAAAUAUCGGAAUGACGGUAGAGAUCGCGGAAAGAUUAAGGAACAGAAUUAUCCAGAAAAUGUAAUGAAAAUAAACUAAAUAUUGGAGCCAAUUUGUCAUGGCCAUCUCUGAAAAAGACCUUAGAGAAAUGCCGUCAAACUGUAAAUAUCGAUUAACAAUUCUGUUCAUUCCAGCAGACAGGAAAAGUACAAGGCCAUCAUCAAAUUAUUUUCCUAACUAACAUAGGCCUACAUACGAAAUGAAUAUAUUCUUUCCUAUCAAUCUAUCAUAUGAGCCUAUAACACACGUUAAAAGAAAUAUAAAGCUGUCUCUGCCAUUUCGACGACCCAAGAUAUCAAUGAUACGAUCCAUUGCUGACUACAAAGUUGGCAUAUGCCCUUUCAAAGUUAAUAAGUGCGAUUCCAUUACCGAAACGAAACAUGGAAACUUUUGUAAAAAUUUGGUUUGCCCAAAUUUCUCUUGCUGCCCCAAAAAUCUGAGUUGCGCAAAAUUUGGAAGGGCGGGGGGAGGGGGGUGUUUCAGCCUCCCCAGCCCCAACGGCACGUACGCCUAUGGGUGCUAUCACCUGUUUUUUCAAUUAAAUAAUGGAGUAAUAAUAAUGGAGUGGAUCCAAUAACAUGGAUACCGAAACAGAGCUAAGGACAAAUGAAUAUCAUAUCACAGACCAUAUCAAACUUCUUUUUGCUUCUCCAUAUGUCACGUUUGAUCAGAAGAGGAAGAUCUUGUGGCCCAGAUUUUACUGCGUAAUUUCUCUGGAUCUGAGUGAAACGUUGGUCUGUUGGUCAGUACGUGCUUCAUUAGUGGACUGACAAGGAUAUCACAGUCAAGUUGUUUACCCGGUGUGUGAGUUCGAGUAGUUUCAGACAUCCUUAUCAUUUAGCUCCAGGCUUCUUAAUUAAGACUGUUAUUUAACAUGAGAACUGACAGCUGCAUUUAAUGAAAUUCAGUAGGAUAUAAAUAGGCGCGUACAUAAGGAGAUAUAUAUUUCAGUCAUACAACACGCACUAUUCGCGCAAAGUAACCAUCGAAUUAUGGCAAAGCUCCUGAUCCUUGCUGCUUUGUCAUUUGUCUCAUUCAAAACAGGAGUAAGUUCCGUGGGAACAACCACCAGUCCUCAACAACAGAAUCCACAUACUGGUACUGACAAAGACCCAUGUGAGGUACUCUUAAGCAUGCUUCAUCCACGGUUAUUUACUACAAAAUCGCAUGUACUUCAUGGAGCGUUCAUUUGUCACACCUAAGUUUAACCACUCAUGUCUGCCAAGCUAAGCGCAAAACAAAUCCCUCAUCAAUCAUAAGUGGAACAUUGCUGAAUGAAGUUUCUUUUAGGGAUAUCUCUACGUAUAGAGCGUUACAAGAUCAUUCGAUGUUCCGAGCUGUUUCUCCUAAAACGAAGCUAACUUCUCAUCAAGAUUAGUUUCUGAAGAAACUGCUGGGCUAAUUCGGCUAACAAGUAAAUAUCAAUGAACAUCAAGUACGUCCAUCAAAUUACAAUGUUUUUUUUUUCUUCCUCAGAAAUCCAUUUUUGCUCACGGAUUUUCUGGGAUUCCAGGAUCGAAUGGCAUUCCAGGAAUGCCGGGGAUUCCUGGCGCCCCAGGGCCCCAAGGACAACAAGGAAAAGAUGGAGCUAAGGGGGAGCCUGGUGUCAAGGGACCGAGAGGCAUGACGGGAACAAGAGGACUAAAAGGAAAUCCAGGGUCACUGGGUAAAAAUGGUGCACCUGGAAUGAUGGGAAUAAAAGGAGAUAAAGGUCAUGAAGGGUCACGUGGCAGCAGUGGACCGCCAGGAAUCAAGGGUGUGAAAGGAGAGCAGGGAUCUAAAGGAGAGAAAGGAGAAAUCGUGAAUGGUGCAGUGUCACAGACCAACUGGAAACAGUGUGUGUGGAAAAAUGAUGAUAGUAGAGAUAGUGGAAAGAUUAAGGUACAGAAAUAUCUAGAAAAUGCGAUGAAAAAUAAAAUUGAGUGUUAGAGCCAAUUUUUCAUGACCAUCUCUGAAAGAGACUUUGAGAAAUGCCGCCAAACUAAAAAUAUCAAUUAACAAUUCUGUGCAUUCUUGCAGACAGGAAAAGUACAAUGACAUCAUCAAAUUUUUUCCUUUACCACUCUUGGAAAAUAUUUUUAUUGUACUAAGACUGUAUUCGUGGCAUUUUUUAUAGGAUUGCUUAUUCAACAAGGUGCAGUCUGAGACAGCUAUUAAAGUCUCAUUCCAGGGAAAUAUGAGAGUCUAUGGCACUUCAAUUAAAUGCAACCGGUGGUUCUUCAAAAUUAAUGGAAAUGAAUGCAGUGGACCAAUGACAAUUGAGGCUGCUGUUUACAACAAUUGGCCAUCUGGGAAUCCUGUUCUGUAUCAUCACAGAUCAUUUGAGGGAUACUGUGAAAACAUUCCACAAGGCAGGGUUACUGUGGAGUUAUGGGUAGGAAAGUGUUCUGGCCUAACACUGGGUGAUGCUUACACUGGAUGGCAAUCAGUAUCCCGGAUAAUGAUAGAGGAAGUGUCUAGAGCCCAGUCCUGA